UCCCCGUCCAUGUCCGUGUCCCCCCAUGUCCGACGUCACUGUCCCCACCGAGGCCGGCGAGGGGCGGAGUCAAGAGCUGGAGACCGAGCGGCUGCUGAGCCGCGGCCCCGGGUACGGCGCGGCCGAGGCGGCCCCGGCGGCGGAGCGGGACGAGCGGGAGGAGCGGGAGGAGCGGGAGGAGCUGGAGCUUCGCCGUCGCCUCAAGUACUUCUUCAUGAGCCCCUGCGACAAGUACCGAGCCCGCGGCAGGAGGCCCGUGAAGCUCGGGCUGCAGCUCGCCAAGAUCAUCCUCGUCACCGUCCAGCUCAUCCUCUUCGGGCUCAGCAACCAGAUGGUGGUGGCCUUCAAGGAGGAGAACACGGUGGCCUUCAAGCACCUCUUCCUCAAGGACUACGUGGACGGCGCCGACGACUCCUACGCCGUCUACACCCAGCGGGACCUCUACGAGCGCGUCUUCUACGCCCUGGAGAAGUACCUGGCGCUGCCCAGCGAGGCCCUCGGGCGUUACGCCUACGUGCGCGGCGGGGCCGGGAACGGCUCGGCCCUCCUGCUGUGCCAGCGCUACUUCCGCAAGGGCCGCAUCGACCCCGCCAACGACACCUUCAACAUCGACCCCCACAUCGUCACAGAUUGCCUGGGGGUGGAUCCUGAGGACCCCCAGCCCCCAGCUCUGGAUGGCACCUACAGGAACUUCACCCUCAAAUUCCACAAGCUCGUCAACGUCACCAUCCAGUUCCAGCUCAAGGCCAUCAACGUCCAGACCAUCAUCAACAACGAGAUCCCCGACUGCUACACCUUCACCAUCACCAUCACGUUUGACAACAAGGCCCACAGCGGGCGGGUGAGGAUCCACCUGGACAACCACGCCCACAUCAAGCAGUGCAAGGACCCCUCAGUCUUCGGGAGAGGUGACAAUUCCUUCCGGCUGUUCUUCGAUGUCAUCGUCAUCCUCGUGUGCUCCUUGUCCUUCAUCCUCUGCGCCCGCUCCAUCGUCCGCGGCCUCGCCCUGCAGCUCGAGUUCAGCCGGUUCUUCCAUCGCCGCUACGGGCGCGGCGUGUCCCUGUCGGACCGCAUGGAAUUCCUGAACGGGUGGUACAUCCUGCUGGUCAUCAGCGACGUCCUCACCGUGCUGGGCACCCUCAUGAAGAUCGGCAUCGAGGCCAAGAACUUCGCGGGGUACGACGUGUGCAGCAUCCUGCUGGGGACAUCCACGCUGCUGGUGUGGGUGGGGGUCAUCCGCUACCUCACCUUCUUCCAGAAGUACAACAUCCUCAUCGUCACCUUGCGCGUGGCCCUGCCCAACGUGAUCCGCUUCUGCUGCUGCGUGGCCGUCAUCUACCUGGGCUACUGCUUCUGUGGCUGGAUCGUGCUGGGCCCCUACCACGUCAAGUUCCGGUCUCUGUCCAUGGUGUCCGAGUGCCUGUUCUCCCUCAUCAACGGUGACGACAUGUUCGUGACGUUUGCGGAGAUGCAGCAGCACAGCCACCUGGUGUGGCUCUUCAGCCAGGUGUACCUGUACACCUUCAUCAGCCUCUUCAUCUACAUGGUGCUCAGCCUCUUCAUCGCCCUCAUCACCGGCUCCUACGAGACCAUCAAGCACCAGUGUGAGGGUGACACUCCGGUGUCCCAGCUCCACGCCUACAUCGCGCAGUGCCAGGACAGCCCCAAGUCCGGGAAGUUCCGCCGGGACAGCUCCUCGUCCUGCUCCGUGUUCUGCUGCUGCGAGAGGGCUCCCCUGCAGGACAACGCUCUGCUGGUCAACUGAGGGACCCCCAGGAUGUGGGGGGAAGGACCCCCAGGACGAGGGGGGGGACCCCCAGGAAUCCCCCCCAACCCCUCAGCUUUUAACUUAUUUUGUCACCUGCUUUUACCCACUCGGGGGUCCCAAAUUUGGGGGGGGGCUC